AUGGCCUGUUCUACACAGCAACACGACCAGACCCGGGGCCCAGAGCCUACCAUUCAGAAGUUCUCGUCUGAAGACGUAAAUAAUAUUAUGGCCAAGAAAACUUUUACGCUUCUGGGCACCGGCACGGCUGGGCGAUGCUGGCGCCUCACUGGAGAUCAGACAGAUCUUGUCUUAAAGCAAUUUACCGGUAAAAACAAUUUGAAAGACCUCACCAAGGAGGUAAAAUACUUACACACCUGUCAAGGCCUUGAAGGUGUCCAAAAGCCAGUUGGCGUUAACAUUCCUCAAAGGUAUUUGUUUACAAAAUAUAGUGGUCUAGGUCUCUGCAAUUACGCCAGAAAGUAUGGCUUCACCGUCGAAGUGAUAGACCAAAUCAUGCUGGCACUCUGUAAAGUCGUACAGAGACUCCUUACUCGAGGGAUCGCACACAAUGAUAUAAAACCCGACAAUAUCUGCCUUCACACCGGGGACGACGGGCACCACGUGACCCUCAUCGACUUCGGGAUGGCUACACUCGUCAAUCAUCCACUAUACAUGACACCAAUUCCCGCUGAUAUCCAGAAGCAGGUGGAACGGAUGGCACCGGAGGUUCUGAACGGGGAAAAUAUUACCACCACCAGCGACAUCUACAGCUUAGGAAAACUAUUUCAGAAGUUGGUCCAUACUGGGGAGUUCCCUGAAGAAGUCGUCCAGUGGGUGCACUCAGCCCAAAACAGGGACCCCAUCUGCCGCCCCAGCCUCCAGAGCUUAAUAGACAUUCUUGAGCCCAAAUUAUCCCAGUGA